AUGCGAAAACUCCUCGGCUGGGGCCUGACGGAGGCGAACGGGACUCCAUCGCAGCGCCUCACGUACCUGGAGCUCCCCUACGUGGCCGUGGACGAAUGCUUCGCGGAGUCCGAGCCCUCCUUCCAAAAGUUCAUCACUAGCGAUAAGAUCUGCGCCGGAGACACUGUUACUGGUAAAGCUCUGUGCCGCGGAGACAGCGGCGGCGGCUUCAUUCUCUACUCCUUAGGCAUCCCCCACCUCCACGGAGUCGCCUCCACCGCCGCCGGCAACGAGAACCUCUGCAACGCCUUCGCUCUCGCUGCCUUCACUAGUCUUUACUCUCAUCGCGCGUUCCUGAGGGACAACGUGCCGGGCAUAGAGAAGGAGUGUGUCAAACCAGAGUCAACGACGGAGGCACAGAGAGUGAUAGAUAGGGGUGUGACGGGAGAUGUGGGUAGUGUUGGUACAGAUGUGGGUACAGUUGGUACAACAGGCACGCCGCCUGUGUAUAUGAAUGUGCCGUAUUUCCCGUAUCCUAAUCAUUUUGUGUGCAAUUGCAAUUGUAAGCCUUAAUUUUAGUAUAAUAAAAUGAUAAGAAAGAC